GGCCGCUGUUGUUCGGAUAAUCCCAGCGAUCGGAGCCCCGUUACUCGUCCAGCAGUUUCGUAUGCAGUGUGAACAGGUUCUGAGAAGGAUAAAAGGGCGUGCAUGAUGGGCAGGCCCACUGGAGACGCUGAGUCCAGAACCGGUAUGAUGUGAUGUCUGCUCUGAUAUGGACAGUCACUUUUCUGACCCUGGCCGCAGUAGGCCUGUGUGAGCUUCCCACUCCAGUCAACCUGUCCAUCUCCUCCCAUAACCUCAUCCACCUCCUGAGGUGGGAACCUGGCCCUGGGUCAUCCGGUGGGCUGAACUACAGCGUGGAGGUUUACUCGGUCAGAAAUGCCUGCUGGCAGCGCGUGCCUGAGUGUGAGGUGGUGGACCUGCCGAGGGUGUGUAACGUGACCAGGGUGUUGCCAGACCUGCAUGGGCAGUACUACUUCCAGGUGCACGCUACUCAGGGGAACCAGACCUCCACGUCGGAAAUACUGGGCGCCUUCAUUCCCAUGGAUGACACAUAUCUGGACCCCCCUUUGGUAUCUGUCAACAGCUGCAAAGACUUCCUGUGUGUGCACCUAAGACCGCCGUCCAGCCAACUGUUCAGUGUCUAUAACUUACUGACUUACAAUCUGAACAUCAGCAAAUUUGGAAAACAGUUCCAUUUGCACAUCGAUGGCCUGAGAGGAGAGAAGGUCAGCAGCCUGGAGCCAGGUGUGGAGUACUGCGUGACAGUCAGGAUCAAACGCAGGAAUACAGCCAGCAGUCUACCUCAGUGCACCCAGAUCAAGGCUGUUUACACUGCAGACAGAGAGAUUUCUGCUGGCCUCUGUGUGUUGGUGAUCCUGGUUCUUAGUCUGAUCGUCGCGCUGAACCGCUGUGGUUUCGUCUGCCUGAGAACCACCAUUCCAGAGUCUCUGAUGGCUGUGAAGUGUCAGCAUGUGCGUGUCCUUCAGUUAUCCUGUAAUGAAGUGCCAUAUCCCCUGGUUCACCUGCUGCCCUUGGCUCCACCUAUAGGCAGGGGCCAGAAGUACAGUAGCGGGUGGAACAGCGGCAGCGAAGAGGACAGUGAGGGGGAAACAGAGGUGGAGACCCCCUCGCAGAGGAGCAGCAAAGGGUACGAGAGGAGAGGUGGGCGGGCCUGUCGGAGCCCCUAUGUAGAUGACUCUUCCACAGGCCGGUCAUGCCCUCUUGGCCCUGCCCAGACAGACACUCGCUUCCGUCCAGCUGAGCUCAUAGACGGACAGCCCAGGGGUGUGUCUGUGACUGGCAUUGGGCCGCUGCCAUUGACUGACACUAGACCGCCGUCUGUGCUCGGCACAGAUGACGGUCCGCUCUCCGUGUCUCAUCUGUCCAGUCCACUCGACAUCCCACGUGCUCUAGAGCUGACCACACCCAUAGACCACCAUGCCACAGGGGGUCCAGAGGAUGCAGGUACAGUUCUGGAGGAGGAUUUGAGCUGCCUAAACGUGAACCUCGAGUCUCUGACUCUGGCAGGGCAGGAGGAGGAAGAGGAGGAUGAGAAAGAGGAGAGGAAGGGGCUGGGGCACCUUCUCCUGGCAGAGCCUUCUGUCCUCCCCCCAACUACAGCAGCUGUGGUUUUGGAAAUGGAUACCCCCAGCACACACACCACCUCUCACUCAACAGAGGACAAAGAGGAGGAGGAGGAGGAGGAGGAGGAGGACGAAGAGGAUGAAGAUGAGGAGUGCUCUGGUUAUAUGAGGCUUCCUCUUUCUCUGCUUGUCUACUUGCAUGUGUCUCUGUGUGUCUUUGCCCAUCUCCCUGCCUGUCCUGCAGCCCUUUGCAUGCUCCCAGCACCCCUCAAUAUCACCAUUGUCUCCUUCAACCUGGAGCACAGCCUCCACUGGCUCGCAGCACCAAAAACGCCCCCUGAUGCCCGCUUUAGAGUCCAGUAUUUACAUUUAAGUGAUGUCUCAUGGACACCUGUCCCCUGGUGUUUGGAGGUGGAAGGGAAGGAAUCAUCUUGUGACCUAACGGACUUGUUCAGCGACUCCUCCAGCUUCUACGUGGUCCGUGUUCAGGCCUUCACGUUUUCCAAGAGUUCCAACUGGACCCACUCUGCGACCUUUAACCCCAUCCUGGACACCAUCCUGGGACCGCCACAGGUGACCGUUUCUGGCUGUGGAAACUGCCUCCGCUUACAGAUCGCGCCCCCCACCGGGAGGGCGAUCCAGCAUUUCGAAUCUCAACACUUGCUCUCAGAGUUCACCUGCCGCGUACGUAGGAGCAGAGACCACAUUGAGUUCACCCUGAGAGUCUCUUCGUUCGAGGAAGUACUGAUCAAGUACCUGGAGCCAGGUGUGGAGUACUGUGUCACCGCUGCUCUGUCCGUGACCUUCAACACCCGCAGCGUGCCGUCCGAGCCGCACUGCGCCUACACCAGUCCCACACCUGUCAACACAGUACCUGUCAUGCUGAGUGUGUUGUGCGUGGCCUGCCUCCUGGGAGCACUCUUCUGUGGCUCCUUCCUCUACAGUGGAAGUAUACUUUCUCUCCCAAAACACCUCCCUGUGAUGCUGACUUCCGUACCUGCAGAAGUUCCCACCCACGCAGCUGCCCCUGAACCCUUCUCCCUGGUCACUGCGCUCCCAGAAGAGCCUGUGGACUGCCCUUGCCCCUGGAUCACCUUGCAUUCCAGUGGAGAGGAUGAGGAAGAUGAAGAUGAGGAAGAGGGCAAAGGUUAUGAAGAGGGGCUCUGGAUGGCCAGAUCUGAGUCAGGCACAGACUCCUGUGGCCCACUGUUGUCCCCAGGUGCCCACAUGCGAUGAUGGAGUGAAACAGGGCCACAGCUUUGAAUGGCAUUCACUGUGAAUGGUAGAGGAAUUUGAGUCUUCAUUUUAGUCCUUUUUUUCUUUUUUUUUCUGUUGCUGGUUGUUUCCCUUUAGUUUCAUUACUGUGUGAUCGACCCUGGACAUUGUAUUCCUUCCUGAAAUCUGUCACAAUGUUCCUUCCUGAAAUCUGUCACAGUGUUUGUAAACAUUAUAAAGACUGUAAAUAUAUUUUUAAUGCAUCGCUUUAAUGCAACACUGUCAUCCAGUA